UUUUUUGUUUUUUUUUUUUGUUUUGGAAGCUUUGAAAGAACUUCGCAAGAUUUCACCUUUCCAAGUUGAGAAAUCUGAAGAAGGAAGAGAUGGGCUGGAUCGAUGAGACAGUCGCUUCUGUAAAAUCCAUUCAAUUACGGCAAGCCCUUCAUCAAACUGUCACUCUUGGUAUGAUUGUUUCAUCUGCACUGAUUAUAUGGAAAACAUUGGUAUGCAUUACUGGAAGCGAAUCACCGGUUGUUGUUGUUCUUUCUGAAAGCAUGGAGCCUGGAUUUGCUAGGGGAGACAUUUUGUUCUUGCAUAUGCCUCGAGACCCCAUCCGAGCAGGCGACAUUGUUGUGUAUAACAUUGAUAAUCGUGAAAUUCCAAUCGUCCACCGAGUGAUUAAGGUUCACGAAAGGCAAGAUACAGGAGAAGUCGAUAUCCUUACAAAAGGUGAUAACAAUGAUGGUGAUGAUAUUCCCUUAUAUGCUCCCGGUCAGCUAUGGUUAAAGCAGGAACACAUCAUGGGAAAAGCUAUUGGAUUCUUACCUCAUGUAGGCUGGGCUACCAUCAUUAUGACCGAAAACCCGUUGAUAAAGUAUGUUCUUAUUGGUGUAAUGGGGUUGCUCGUCAUUACAUCGAAAGACUAGUAACGCAAUGCGGGCGAGAAGUUGAAAACAGACCAUUUUUUUGUUGGAACUUGUUUUGAUCUUUUUAGUUUGCCUGGAACAGGACAUUCUAAGACAAGCAAUACAAUACAGCUUAUGCUCUUAACUUUCACUGAACUAUGGCAAAUAUCUUAACUUCAUGUAUUUCAUUUUACUGCCAAAUGUUGUAAAACACCUAAUUGAUUCAAAGGAAUUCAGCCGUGAGGGUAGAAUCACAGAUACAUAUGAUUGUUGCAAUUAGAACAAUUAAAGAAUGCUUCAUUUUUCGGGAAGUGCAAUAAAAAAAUCUACUACAGGCUACAAUUACAUAAAAAAUAAGGCAAAAAAAAAAAAAAAUGUUCGA